GUCCUCAUUUUUAUAUUGGAAGUAAUAAUGAAUUUAGAAGAAUAUUUUACCUAAAUUUUGAAGAAGAAAAAAAAUAUUGACAAAAUUUUCACUAAAUUGUUUUGUUAUAAUUAAUCAAAGUAAUUAAAACAUACAUCAACGGUUAAUUCAAAAUACUUAAAGCAACACACACUAAAAAAAAUCACAAUUCACAGUACUUAAAAGAAAUAGUCAAACUAAAGUAUACAUCAAACUUCAAAGAUUAUAAAUCGAGGCUAUAUACAUAAUCGUAUAGUCUAUAGUUGGAUUCUCUCAGAGUUUGGGUCAAUGGUACACAACCAUGAUAUUAUCUUUAUCAUUUUUUGCAUUGGCCAUUGGGUACGUACCACACUUUAGUUCGAGAGCUGAAUUGAAGAAGAUCUUAUUCAUUAUAUCUUGUUCGUAUUUAUUAUAUUCCCUGGCUUCCCUCGCCAUCUCACGUUCCUAACGAUUGUCAAUCUUGCAUGUCUUGCCAAAGCAGAUGUUGUUUCGUGCAUACUCUGUGAGAAAACCUCCAUUGAAUUAUCUACAGCUCCUCUUUUGUCUAUCCCGACCUUCGGGACAGUUGAUGGCAUAAUGAACAACACUGGCAUGAAGAUUGCUCUCAUUUCCAUAGGAUAGUCGAUCGAUGAAGAUCCUUACAUUAGUGGAAUGGGUACUGUAUGAGCAAUCCAUUGUUGCAUAAAUUUUGGACAAUAUAGGAUACUCUGUGAGAAACCUCCAUUGAAUUAUCUACAACUUACAUCAAAAGUCAAGAAAAUAUCAUCAAAAAAUGAAAGAGGAAAAAGAAGAAGAAAAAGAAAGAACAAAUUUAAUACAACGACGAUAGAUAUUUAAUCACCCUGCCCCAAUUCUCAACAACUGUUGAAACUAGUCAUCAGAUAUUAGUCCAAAAGCUCGCAACCACCUGCCGACUAUCUGAACAAUCUUACUGCAAUCCUCGUUAACUCCACAUUCCUCCUUCCACUUUAGUUAGUGAUGAUCUUCAAUCUAGAUUGCAAUGCAUCAUCUAUACGAACAAUGACAUCUUCUUUAUUACAAUAUUGAGCUGCAAAAUUUCAACCAAAAACUAGUACAAACAGAUUUCCUCAUGCCUUUUUCACUUAGCCCCUAUUGCACCUUCAAGUGAAAAAAAAUCCACUUUUUCACAUUUACCACCCCACUAUUUUUUCACAUUUACCAUCACACUAUUGUGGAGACUGGGGAGCACUUCUACUAUGCUAUAUAGCAUUGGUGUUUUAAUGUACAACUUGAAGUUGUACCAUAACAUUAAAUGUAUAAGUUUAGGUUGUACCAUAAAAGAAUUUGUAUCAUUAUGUUAUGGUACAACUUUACAACUUGUAGUUGUACCAUCACAUAAGGUACAAGUUUAAAUUAUACAAAAAUAUAGGUACAAUCUGAAGUUGUACCAUAACGUUAGAGAUACAAUUUCAAGUUGUACCAUAAAAGCAAAAAGCUAUAACACCAAUGCUAUAUAGCAUUGUAAAAUUCCUCAUAUUGUGGGUGAUUUUACAGAGUUCUUAUUGGCUUUGAAGAAUCUAUGCCUCUCCUACUUUCUUUUUUUAUGGGAUUUUUGUUUAUGGGAAAUGCCUCUCCUACUUUCCAAACCAAACCAUUUUACAGAGUAUUCACCAUUAUGAGUGAGUGAUUUCCACGUCUUUAUUAAAAAUUUUGCACCUAACAAUAAAUAAAGUUAACUUUCAGAGAUAAAAGUUAAAUUUACGUUGAUGGGGGAAUUAUGGGGAACAGGUCAAAUCCGACCAACCAGAAUAGUUUAUUCACUGUUUAAAAGUCAAUUUUCCCCCCUCACUUGAUUGUGUAUCAGUAGGUGGCUUUGAAAUUCUUUCUUGUGCUCUUUACAUUUUUUUAAAAGAGUUGUAAUUUCUUGUUGAAUUUAGCAAAAUAAUUGACGGAGUAAUAGCUUAAUUACUCGUCUCGUCGGGCCACCUACAGUUUAGUAAGGCGAGUUCAUUUUGACGAGGCUUUCGUUACAAAACACAAACUUAAUAAAUCUCUUGUUUUAUCAUUGUUGAUAUGAUUUUAUCGCCCCUAAUAAAAUCUAUAUUAGAGUUUGUAAUAAGAUAUCGAAUUUGAUAUGUUUAUAGUAGAUUUGAGUUUUGUACCAAAUUGUUUUUCGGACCUUUCACGGACUAAAACAUAAUACAAAGUCAGUAGGGAACAUAUAAACAUUUUCAUUCAUUUCAAAUUUACAUAGUCAAAAGAGUUAAUUCAGAUUAUGAGUCAUUUGAGCCAAUUUAACUCAUCAAAAUACUACAUCCAAACGAGAUCACUGAAUUUAAACAGAGAAUUCACUAUUCCUAAAUUAUAUUUUAAACUUAUAGUGUCAUUAUUAAUGAUGGAUAUUCUAAGAGCUCUAUGCUAAAGUUGAUGUUAUUUUUCUGGGAUUGAGUGCUUGCUAUAAUCGCCAAUAUAAUUAUGCAAGAAAUGAAGUUGGAACUUGAGAGGAUCAAUCAUAUUUAUUAACUCAAGUUUUGUUUAAAAAUUAAAAUAUAGAAUGAGAUGCAGCUAGUUAAAGUUGGUAGCUCGUUGAGGCAGUAGCCCAGUUAUAAAUUUUAGGCGGAGUUAGAAAUCUCUAGCCACGAUGUGAGACAUCUCACGAACUCUAAACGAGGAUCAUACAGACAAAAUAUGGAUCUCUCACAAAAUAUUCGGAUAAAGCGACACACCUCCCUAACACAUGAAUCCACCCCUAUUCGCAAAUAGUUUGGUUCAUUAACCGCCCCCACCACUGAGACGGGUAAUUCCCACAUCCUCUCUCUAUAUAUUUACUUCCGCACACGCCCAAACGCGCACGUAACAUAAAAUAAUCAAAUAUAUAAAUAUAUUUGUGGUGGUGAGGUCAGUCUGUCGCCAAGGUAUAGCCUACACACAAACAGUCAAACACAACACAAUAAGCUUAUUCCUAGCAGCAGCUGCUUCUCCUUCUCCUUCUCCUUCCCUUCUUUUCUUUUGUUCUUCCGCCAUUAAAUAAGAGACCAGAUUUCCUUUAAUCUCUGGUUGGUCGGCGUUGGAGUGUGGGAAUGAAAGGAACAGUGAUGUACUUGGCAGGAAUUGCAGGCCCAACUGGGUUCGGCUCCAAAUCAACAGCACAACAAGUCACCCAACACUAUCUCCCUCCUCCUCCUUCUCCUUCUUCUUCCUCGCCAACUCCUUUGACAGCCAUCAUCACCGGGGCGACAUCAGGGAUAGGAGAGGAGACAGCAACAGUGCUGGCCAAGAGCGGGGCCGUCAGGGUCGUGAUUGCAGCCAGAGACGUGAACAAAGCUCUCCGCCUGAAACAGAGCAUCCUCCAUCACUCUCCUGAUGCACAGAUCGUGGUGCUGGAGCUUGACCUGAGCUCUCUCGCCUCCGUCGCCUCUUUCUGUCGCCGGUUCCUCUCCCUUGGCCUCCCGCUACACAUUCUCAUAAACAAUGCUGGGAUUUUCUCUCAUGGGUUGGAGUUCUCCGAGGACAAAAUCGAGAUGACUUUCGCUACGAAUUACUUGGGGCAUUUCUUGCUGACAGAGUUGCUGCUGGAGAAGAUGGAGGAAACAGCGCAAGAAAGCGGGAAGCACGGCAGAAUCAUCAACCUUUCCUCUGCGAUCCACAGCUGGGUGAAAAGAGACUCCUCCUUCUCCUUCCAAAACAUGCUCAACCCAACCAACAGCAGCAGCAGCAGCAGCUAUAAUGGGACACGUGCUUAUGCUCAGACCAAGCUGGCCGCCAUUUUGCAUGCCAAGGAGCUCUCCAGACAACUCAAGGCAAGAAAUGCAAAAGUGACGGUUAAUGCAGUACAUCCAGGCAUUAUCAAGACUGGCAUCAUCAGAGACCACAAGGGUCUCAUCACAGAUUCAGUAUACUUCAUAGCCUCCAAGCUGCUGAAAUCUGUAUCACAGGGCGCAGCAACCACAUGCUAUGUAGCUCUGAGUCCUCAAAUAGAAGGAGUUGGAGGGAAGUACUUUGCAGACUGCAAUGAGAGCAACUGCUCAGCUUUGGGGAAUGAUGAAGGUGAAGCUCUCCAGCUGUGGGAACACACCCGUGCAUUCAUUCACACAAGGCUGCUGCUUCAACCAACCAGCUCCACUUCCUUCAGAUAACAGGGCUUGGUUCACUUUUGCUUCUGCUUCUGGGGAUUAUAUCUCUUUGUAAAUUAUGGAAAAAGGGGUUGGGAGUGGGAUGAAUAAGGCGCAGCCAUUACAAAGUUAGUGAUUAUAUAAAAUGUCCCAACAUAUAUGUGAAUAAAAAGUGGUUAAGUAUUGACAAAGAUAUCGACAAUGAAAUUAAAGUUGUAGU